CGAAAUCUCGUCUUCUCUCUCUCCCUCUCUCCCUCUCUCCCUCUCUCUCAUGUCCUCCUUCUAUCUGAAGAUUCAAAUUCUAGUUCUCUCAAAAACAGCUAUUCUAUAAUCUGUCGUUGUUCGCUUGUUCUCUCUGCUCACUGCUAAUGGCGUUAGGGCUAGGGGAUUUUUCAUGGCGGAGUCAGGAGCUCCAGGCACACCUGAGAGUGUUCAAUCAGGGGAACAAGAUGGUGGUGGUGGCGGCUCUCAAUCGGCUAGUUCUGCACCGAGGGAACAGGACAGGUUCCUUCCCAUCGCUAACAUCAGUAGGAUCAUGAAGAAAGUCGUUCCACCAAAUGGGAAGAUCGCCAAGGAUUCUAAGGAUUGCGUUCAGGAAUGUGUCUCUGAAUUCAUCAGCUUCAUCACUAGCGAGGCCAGCGACAAGUGUCACAGAGAAAAGAGAAAGACAAUCAAUGGAGAUGAUUUGUUGUGGGCCAUGGCGACGCUAGGGUUUGAAGAUUAUAUUGAACCGCUCAAAUUGUAUUUGCAGAUGUACAGGGAGCAGGUGGAGGGUGACAGUAAGAUUCGCUCAGCAGAUCAGGCUGGAAGAAAAGAUGCCAUUUCAGUUCGUGGAGACUAGGUACUCCGUUAAUGGGGCAGCAUUCAAUUGGUUCAGAUGCUGGAAAGUGACUCCUUUUGUUGAUUUUGUGAUUGAAUUUGGUGGAAUAUGCACUCUCAUUAGAUCUUUUGUGUGUUUUUGUUGCCAUAAAUUAGAUGCAAGGGAAUGGUAUUUAUUACACCACACCAGUGAAUGUGGAGAUCAUUUGUUUCAGCAAUCAGGACUUGAUAGCAUACUAAUGGUACAACUCAACUCAUUUUUAUCAGUAAUAAUAGAUGUGUAAGGCUUAGGAUGGGCUAUUCCAUCUAAAA